AUGUCCUACCGCCUCCUCUCCCUGUACGAGGUCCUCGAAACUACCCGAGAGACCGUCAAAGUCCUCUCAACCCUCGGUUUCAAAUGCUGCUUAGUCGGAAGCGUCGCAUGCUCCUGCUAUGGCAUGAGCCGAUCCCCCAACGACAUCGACAUGGUAGUCCUCGGGUGCAGCUUCACCCAAGAAGAACUCAAACGCCGCGUAGUAUCCACAAACCCCAGCUUCUACCUUAUCGCAUCCAAAGACCCCUUCGCGACGUACAAAGUCCUCUGGUACCGCCUCCCAGGAUACAGGCGGAGCUGCAAAGUGGAUUUGCUCUUCCCGGGGAUUAUGAACAUCCCACCAGUCCCAUCCGACAGUAUCGUACACCGUCGACACUCGUACGACCGUCAGACGCUCCCCCUCAUGCCAUUCAUCCCCCUCCUGCUACUCAAGCUCCAAGCGUGGAUGGACCACGGAGAGUCGACAAAGUCGUAUAUGAACGCAAAGCAGCCGACUGAUGUGAGAGACAUCACUGAACUGCUCAACAUCUUCGUGACGGCGGGGAAUCUUGGGGAGCUGGGGAGCUGGAUACCAGAGUCGUUCUUGAAAGCGGGGCGUAGUCGUAGAAGGGAGUUCGUUAGACUUUAUCCCCACACCGCCAAUCAUUGGCAGAGGGUAAAACAGAGGCACGAGCAGCCUGCGCAAAGGAGACGCCGAUAG